AUGCAAUCAUCCUCGUCUACCUCCCUCCUUGCUUCAUCCCAGCACAAAUCAACGCGAUCAUCAUCAAGCAAUUGGGAAUCGUCAUUCGGAAACCUCUCGUCCUCAUACGGGUUCAGCGGAAACGCACCCUCAUUACCAAACAAAUCUCAAUCCUCGAAGCCCGCAAGCCCAGCCCAAAUGUCUCCUUCCUACCCAUCAGUGUUCCAUUCAUCUCAACCAACGUCUUCAACCGCGGGCAAAGAUUAUCAGAGCGCCUUUGGCCAAUUAUCGUCUUCGUACGGAUUUGGAGGCAGCUAUGCUCCUUCCUUCUCCAAAAAGACUCUCACAUCAACACAUAAAGAGCCAAAGACUCGCGCGGAGCCUCAAGGAUACGAGGCUGCUUUCGGAAAGCUCAUGUCAUCCUAUGGCUUUGGGGGGAACUCCCUUUCGCGAAAAUAG